GAUAGCAAGCUUCAGCACUACCUGCUCCCCUGUAAACCCUCCUCCCCCUCGCUGAGUGCUAAUGGCGCUCAGGUGUGCAGCAGUUAGAGGGAGACCAGAGACACCUGAGCGCAAGUGACGGUCAUAACUUACCCUAAAUCGAUUGCAAAUAACGAGACAAUUUUUUUUACAACCAAAACAAGGCAGUGAAAAAUACCGGGGCACAUUUUUCACAAACAACCAAGGAAGUGCAGCUGGCAUGGAGGCUGAGUGGUGAUCCUGUGCAGAAUGAGUCCGACCUGGAACGCUGCUAGAAAAGACGGUGAGAUGAAGACUCACUAUUCGGAGACGAGACAGAUAAAGGAAGACGACACAAAGCAUAAGAAGACAAGAUGGACCAUCAUCUGAUCAGCCUAUCAUUGUUCAUCCUCUGAAACAAACUGAGCCAUGGCUGCACACAUUCUGCUUCUUCUUCUUCUUUUGUUCUUUAAAGUGGACAGGAACAGCCUCUCGCUGGUUGUGGGUCUGUUAGAAGAAGGGCAGGACUUGGGAGUAUCAAACAAAAAACAAGCAUUACCUCAUGCAGAGAACUUUUUGGGAAGUUUGGAAGAAAAGGAAAGCCAGUUUGAAGAUGCAAAGGAGGCUGCGAGACACUUCCCAAAUGUUGCUUCCAGACUUAAUGACAGAAAACGAAAUGAUUCUGACAUUAAGGACAACAUGAGGAGGAAAACAGUCACGCUGAAACGCCCCGAAUCUGCUGCCAAAUCCAUAAAACCUAAACAUAGCCCUGAACUCGCUCUGAACCGUCUGAAAAGAGGCAAUUUGACUAAUGGAGAGCUUGAUGGUUUAAUUAAUGCUCCCAGUGAAGAUGAGACGUACGCUCUUCAGACUGAGCCCCACUCAGAGGCAGGUGUGGAUGACGUGGUGCUGCCUGAGAGGACGAUCGCAGGGUCUAAAUGGGUCAAGGAGGCUGCACGCGGUCGGUCGGGGCCUCAAGCCGGGCCUCGCUCUCGCCGCAGGAGGAGCUGGCUCUGGAACCAGUUCUUUGUGAUCGAGGAGUACAGAGGGCCUGAACCGGUGCUCAUCGGACGGCUGCACACGGACAUGGACCGAGGAGACGGACGCACUAAGUACACAUUGGAGGGCGAGGGAGUCGGCUCAGUGUUUGUCAUCGACGGUAACACUGGGAACAUUCACGUCACCAAGUCUCUGGACCGCGAGGAGAAGGAUCAGUACCGACUCGUCGCCACCGCCACAGACCGGCAGACGGGUCGACCCCUCGAACCGUCGUCUGAGUUCAUCAUCAGAGUUCAGGACAUCAACGACAACCCGCCCGUCUUCCCCGAUGAGCCCUACACUGCCACGGUGCCAGAGAUGGCGAACAUAGGCACGUCUAUAAUCCAGGUCACAGCCAGGGACGCAGAUGAUCCCACGUACGGAAACAGCGCCCGGCUGGUGUACGCCAUCACUCAGGGCCAGGACUAUUUCUCUGUGGACCCACAGACAGGCGUCCUGCGGACAGCUGUACCUGACAUGGACCGGGAGACUCGGGACGUCUAUCUGGUCGUCCUCCAGGCCAAAGACAUGGGGGGGCAUCUGGGGGGAUUAUCCGGGACCACCACCGUCACUGUGAGGCUGACUGAUGUCAACGACAACCCCCCUCACUUCAGACGGAGUGCGUGGUCAUUCUCUGUGUCGGAGCUGGCAGCACCAGGUGUGGAGGUGGGCCGCCUCACCGCCGCUGAUCCUGAUCUGGGAGAGAAUGCACAGCUGGAGUUUACCAUCCUAGACGCAGAGGAGGCAGAGACAUUCAACAUAACCAGCAGAGACCAAGAAGCUGUGAUUGUGCUCAACAAGCUGCUGGAUUAUGAGACCCGCAAUUCUUACACCUUUGCCGUGGAAGUUGUCAACCCUUUAGUUGACCCCAGGUACCUGAGGAACGGCCCCUUUAAGGACCAGGCGACAGUCCGAGUCAUGGUUCUUAAUGCUGAUGAGCCUCCUCGGUUCUCAGAGGCUCGGUACCAUCUGGACGUGUCGGAGAACUGCCCUCCUGUUUGCUCCGUUGGCCGGGUCUCUGCUGUGGACCCCGACACAGGACAAAGCAGCAACAUCAGGUACUCCAUCGAUCCCCAGUCAGACCCUGAGGCUCUGUUCCGCAUCGCCUCUGACACGGGCUUUAUCAGCACGGUGAUGGAGCUGGACCGUGAACAGGAGCAGUGGCAUAAUAUCACAGUCAUCGCCACACAGAGGGACAAUCCAAACCUUGUGUCGAGGGUUGUCGUUGCAAUAGAGACAAUAGACCAAAAUGACAACGCUCCAGAGCUGGACAGGGAGUACACCACGUCUGUGUGCGACUCCAGUGCCCCCGGUCAGGUGGUUCAGGUCCUGCGAGCUGUCGAUAAGGAUCAAGGAGGCCAGGACGGCCCGGUUCACUUCAGCAUCCCUCCAGAGUCCGGCUCUGCCCUCAACCUCUCCAUCAGGGAAUCUGGAGGUGUGACAGCCAGCCUGGUUCUGCAGUCAGCCUUGGAGCCCCUCCCUGGCUUCUCCUCAUCCUUACUCACCCUCUAUGUGCCAGUUGUGCUUCGUGAUGGAGCCUCAGGUCUGACCAACACUGGCACGGUCACCGUGACCAUUUGUCCGUGUCUGCGGGGGGGCAUGCAGACUGAAGAUCGGGGGAAGCAGAGGGACAGGCGAUGGGAGAGACACUUGGUUUGUCUCCCCAUGCCUUCGUCCUCUGCGUCUCUCAUUUUCAGUCUGGUCACCUUACUCGCCAUGCUGGCGUGCGUCACCACUCUGCUCGUGGUGUGUGCACUCUCGCUGUCAUUGCGCCAUCAGAAGCGAGACUCCCACUCCCCCUUCGAGGAGGAUGAUGUCAGGGAGAACAUCAUAUCCUAUGAUGAUGAGGGGGGAGGGGAAGCGGACACCGCAGCUUUUGACAUCACAGCGCUGCAGAGCAUGCACCGCAUGCAGCACAUGCACAACAGAAACAUAUGGUACACCCCGCAGAAUCCACCCCGGGCCAGGACGUACAGCUGGAGUCGUAACCCGCGCCCCGGCCUGAGCCCUCAGCAGCGUCCGGGCUCCGCUCCCCUCUACGGACGCCUUUGUUACGGCCUCCACACGCUGCCUGUUCUCAGAGAUUAUCCAGUCGGGCCUCUGGAGGCGGGUGUGCAGCUAACACAGCUGACCCACAGGCUCACUGGAGGUCAUGUCGGCGGGUCCCUGGUGAUCCAGAACCAGAACACCUUUGAUCCUCUGCUGCGCUCUCCUGAGAUCAGCACCGGUUGUUAUGAAGCAGAGCACAUGCUGGGGAAGAGCAAAAUCACAGACAGACAUGAAGGCAGUGAAGCGUGCACAGCCGACACAAAGGAGACGCAGGAUCAGGCCAAGAAAAACCAGACAGAAACAGAGGCGACACCAGCCAGCGUCUCUGCAGAUCUGUCCCACUGUGACCCAAAUGAGUCUUUAUGCCAAAGUCACACCAGCUCCUCGUCAAACCAGCCCGAGGGCCGGCCGGGGUCAUCGCAGACCCAGAUCAGCACUGGAGCCACCAGCUGCACACUAGAUGACAUUGAUACUGACUCCUCUAUCCCCUCUGUUUCAGAGCGAAAUUAUUCAAACGGAGGUCAAAUGGGUUCUGUAAACCCUCCUGUUUACCUGCCGGGAGACACGUACAGCAUUGUGGGCUCGCUGAAUCCAAACAGCAGAGGGACGUGUAUGAACGGGACAAGCAGCGGCGGGUUGUUCCCGGCGGGAGUGCAGCUACUGAACAUGUGCAAACUCCAGGGGAAGGAUUUGACCUCGCAGCCUUUGUCCUUAUCCGGGGGGCUGUUUGGGAACAGCAGAGGCUGGGCGUGCGGGGCGGAGCCUGCGAGAGGAGAGGCCGCCAACCCGCAGCCUCUACGGAUGGAAGACCUCCUGAACAUCCGUCUGGAUCAGGUCACCUUUGACCUGUCGCAGCCACCAUAUGACUCACUGCAGACUUACGAGUUUGAGGGCCGUGAUUCACGAGCCGAGUCACUGAGCUCACUGGAGAGCGACGGAGAGAAAGACGAGGGGAAGGUGGUGGGAGGGAUGGAGGAGCUAAACCAGAAGUUUCAGCGGCUGGUGGAGAUCAUCCGAGAGAGGGAGAGGGAGAAGGAGAAAGAGAAGGAGAAGGAGAAGGAGGGAGAGACGAAGGCAGGAGAGACAGCAGAGGCUGCUCUGGAUGAGACUCAUGAACAAAAGGAGGACAAAGAAAAACAACAACAGAGAUGGGAUUUCUAGUCUGCCAUAAAGGAAAUGUUAGAGAGAGGAGCAGGCUGGUGACAGUGAUGGAUUUUAAACACAGCAGGGUGGAUAAACACACAGUCUCUGACAGGAGGCUUCUUGUUCCGCCCCGCCCCCCCUGCAGGGAAAAAUCCAGGAGUUCGACAGCAGAGUGAAGAUUUGUGUUUGAAUCAGUGCACAGCGUAUAGUUUUCACCUCCACUGUCUUUAUAGAAAUGCAUAUGGAAUCUGUCACUUUUCACAUCGCUCAUGUAGCUGCCAUUAAUAAUGCACUUGGGCUUUCAAAGCUAAAGUUAUGAAAAAUUAACUUUUUUAAAUAUUGAUUCUGAGCCCUGAAAGCUGCAUUGUUAGAAAAUAGGCCUCAUUAAAUAUUGACCAGAAUUGUGAUAUUUAAUAUUGAUAGUUUAAUAUAGGCAUGCUCACUGGAAAUCCCUGGAAUUUGAAUGAAACUUCUGAAUUAGAGCAUUUUAAACUGACAGUAUCGUACUGUAGAUCUACACUGCCAUGUGUUCACAGAGCCUGUCUCAUGAGUCUAAGUGUGCUCUUUAUAAUUCUGUAGCUCUGCAGAGUGUCACUCCAGCAAGUAGUCUUCAUUACCGUAGUGAAACCUGCUCACCAAUAGGGGUGUCACGAUUCUCAUUCUGUAUCUCGAAUUGAUUGAAAGGAGCUUAAGACUUCUCUGUGUUGACUUGAUUGAUCGCUCUAAAGGGGAAAAAACAAAGAAAGCUUUGAGGAUGACACAGAUUAGCUCAGCGCUAGCCUGCAGGUGCACGUUGGGAGACACCAUGGUCUCUGCCAGAGUCAAAGCUUUGUGGAAACAAGUCCAGCAGAGCCGUGAAGUCCUUCUGUUUCUCUGUCUGCAGUGUAAGAGACCUGAUAGUCUAGUUUUGUGCUCAGACCAAAAGCAGGAAAAUGUUGGCCUGAAAUCCACCCUUCCAGACGUGUUGGCAAACCAAUCGCUGCUCGUGCAAUCACCCAGAGGCUCGCACAGUUUGGAUUUUUCACUGACAUCCUGAGGAACUGUCUCUUGAUUAACUUCACAGCCGUUCCAGCUACUUCAGGCUCAGCAGUUUGAUGACCUGUUAGUGAGGUCAGACUCGGCUCAGCUCUGUACCAGCCUGGAUAUAAACAACUAGCAUUCUGUUUUCCUGUUUGGAUCAAGAUCUACAGCUGAAUGAACCAUUUACAGAUGAGUGACAAAGUAAAUGCAAAGCUAAUCGAUCUGCAACGGCCUUAACGAUCUUCACAAGGAGAAACAUGCUGCAAAUUUAGAAACAAUGCAACCUUUUACCCACUUUUAACUUUUAAAAUCCCAAAACACAAACACAGGAAACACAUGCAAAAGAAAAACGCUACAAAUCAAGACAAUGAAGUGCUCCAGGCCUGUAGGGGGCGCUCAGUGGAACAGUUUAUUGUUUGAAGUUAACUUUUUCUUCCCUUUUAAUGUAAAAUAAAAUCAACAAGAAACUAAUUCAGUCCGAAACAGUGGUGUAUUGUAACAUUAUAAUUACAGUUCUAUCUGCAUUAAGAGCCUGAUGCCGGGCAGACUUAGACCAGCAAGCUGAGAGUCUCAGACAACCAGGAGGCAUUCAUUUUACUACCUGUCCUUUAGAAACUAGUUCUGGAUAAAAGGUGUGUGUUUGUGUGUGUGUGUUUCUGUACUGGUUAAGUUGUGUAUUUGCACAGUAGUCAGUCAGAAGGACACUCUGUUCCAGUGGUGUCUUAUCAUUAUGUGGUCUGAUAACAAGUUCCUUGUCUUCCCCUCACUCACUAAAUGUUACAAUCUGUUCCACUGAGUUUCUCCUUCAGGCCUGGACCUCUACUGUUGUUAAGUUUAAAUUUGCAACAUCUAUGUGGGUAUUCCAGAGUGACUAAUACCAUAAGAGAGUCUGUGAAAAUAUAUAUUGUUAAAAUGCCUUGCAGAGUGUAGCUAACACUUGCAGAGCUAGCUCCAGCAGCCUUCAGUCCUCCUCGCAGGUCAGCAGGUCAUGCCUGUGCUGGUUCCCAUAGACUGUAUAUAUAAUGGACGGCGCCGCUCCGCCUUUUCCCAUUGUACUGUUUUGAAGCCAAACUAUCCCGUUCCAGACAAGGACAACUUGGAAAUUUUCUGCAGCCAGAGUCUGCACAGUAGGGAAUUUGUGUGUUUCCACGGUAACAAGCUCCGCCCUACAGCAUAGCGUCCCGAGGUCCUACAGAGUUUCUCUCGACGGAAGCUGUCAAUCAAAGUAAAACUGGAUGUAAAACCCCAUUUUUUAAACUCUAAUAACUAACAAAAUAAUAAACUUUUCAGAAAAAAGAGGCCUUGAAGUUUGACCGCAGCCCCAUUCAAAUGAAUGGUGGAGACAGAGUUUUUGACCUAUUCUGCAGCCAGCCACUAGGGGGAGCAGUUUUUGUGGCGGCCUCACUUCAAGCCGGGCGAGUUACGUCCAUUUUAUAUACAGUCUAUGAUUCAACCAGACACAGCCUGCGUACAACGCUAUCUCCAUUUACUAGAUCAACAUACUGACAAACCAUGCCGUGCUACCAGACGACAUCAUCACCUGUGCUUGUUUACAUCCAGGUAGUAGAGCAUGAUAGUGUUAUUAUGGCAGGAGACAUUAACUGGAGCUACAGCCUCAGAAAGUGGUGGGUGGCUGUGUUACAGCUUAGACACACCACUUGACAGGGCGCUGGUGGCCUAGCGGUCUAAGCGCCCCACAUACAGAGGCUACAGUCCAAGUUGCAGGGGUCGCCGCCUCGAUUUCCCGGCCAGUUGACCAUUGUCUUCCCCCUCACUCUACUUCCCACAUUUCCUGUCACUCUUCAGCUGUCCUAUAAAUUAAGGCAAAAAGGCCAAAAAUAUAACUUGAAAAAAAGAAAAAAAGACACACCACUUGACCAGCAGUUCAGAUUGACAAUAAUACAGAUAUAAAUAAUUAGUUCAACCAAGUAGGCUAGUAAUCCGUGUAAGGGUCAACCUAAUGUGCACAUCUCUAUCGCCCAGGUAUUUGUUGCAGAACAUUUCUGCUAAUGAAGAUCCUUUGGGCUGCUGCAGAUCAGUUAGCCUUGUUGGCUACCAAGACAACAAGCUGAAGUACAACUAACACUGCUUGGUUUAUUAAUGGAGGUAGAUCCAUCAUUUCUAGAGCUUGGAAAGAAUCAGAUGAAUCUCAAUGCUGACUGGCUCUGGGGACACAACCUCACAGGGAUUCUUUUGCUCAAGUUGCAUCUUGUUUAUUUCAAGCAGUGCAACUAUGUAAAGCAGUAAUUUUGAUAAAAGCCUUCAUUUUUAGCACUUUAUCAAAAUCAUAGUUACCAAGUGCUUCACGAAGGCAGCAAAACAAACUGAUUCACAUCAUUCUCUCAUUCUCAGAGCCAGACGUUAAUCUGGGUCUUUGCAUUAACUUUGUGAUAUAAAAAGUUGUGUGAAAACUU